UUUACAAUCGAACAAUCGACCCUAGACUCUGAGUACUCGUCAGUCGUCACCGCUUCCUGCUUCCUGCUUCCUACUCUAACCCCCCCUAAAUUAGUUCUCUUUCGUUUCCCAGCACAGUAAAUUAAGCACAAAAAUGGCGGAUACGGCACAAAUGAAGAACGGACAAGCAAACCUUCUGGAAGAAAACAGCCAACCUGCAUCAGAUGCAGAGGCUGCCGCUACUUCCUCAACCAAAUGGCCCGGAUGGCCCGGCGACAAUGUCUUCCGACUAAUCGUUCCAGUUAUUAAAGUUGGAAGCAUAAUAGGUCGUAAAGGGGAGCUUAUUAAGAAGAUGUGCGAAGAAACUCGUGCUCGAAUUCGUGUCCUUGAAGCCCCCGUUGGCUCUACCCCCGAUCGUGUGGUUCUGAUAUCCGGCAAGGAAGAGCCGGAUUCUCCUUUGUCUCCUGCAAUGGAUGCAGCUAUAAGAAUAUUCAAGCGUGUUAGUGGCAUUGGAGAGGGUGACGAUAAAGGUUCAGCGGCAGACGCAGCUGCAUUUUGUUCAAUAAGGCUAUUGGUUGCAUCCACACAAGCCAUUAGUUUGAUUGGGAAGCAGGGAGCUACAAUUAAAACUAUACAGGAAAAUAGUGCUGCUGUUGUGCGGAUUUUACCUGAAGGUGACCUUCCCUCAUAUGCAGCCUCUGAUGAGAGACUUAUCGAGAUACAUGGUGAGGCUUUUAAGGUUCAAAAAGCAUUGGAAGCCGUCCUUGGUCACCUGAGGAAAUUUUUGCAUGAUCACGGUGUUGUGGCUGUGUUUGAGAAAACUUACAAUGCAACAAUCUCACAGGAUCGAACGACUGAUGCUUCUCAGCCCUUGGUUCAGAAUAUCACAUCUCAAACAUUGAUUGGUGCCGACAAUUCUUUGUCAUUGAAGCGGGAAAGUUAUUUUGAACGUGAAGCUGAGCUAGAUCUCAAGUUUCCUCGUUCUGCAGUGUCGCUUUAUGGAUCAGAUCCGGCUCUCAGCUCUCUUCAUCCUACAGGACUAUCUCGUGCUACUGCUCCUUUACUAACUCAGAUUACACAGACAAUGCAAGUACCACUUUCUUACGCUGAAGACAUCAUUGGAAUUGCUGGAAGAAAUAUUGCCUACAUCCGCCGUUCUAGUGGUGCGGCUCUUACCGUUCAAGAAAGUCAAGGCCGAGGUGAUGAGAUCACUGUAGAAAUAAAGGGGACUGCAACUCAGGUCCAGACUGCUCAACAACUUAUCCAGGAGUCAAUUAACGGCCAGAAGGCCCCUACUGCUGCUAGCCUCUAUGGGAAAAGUGAGUUGGGCUUGGGCGCUUCCUCCUAUUCACAGCUUGCAGAAUCCACAUAUUAUCCGUCGUCUUUAUCUUCCCUAUCGUCUUUAUCAUCGUAUUCAAGUCAAGGUCUUGGAGGAGGUUAUACUUCUGGUUUGGGUGGUUACAGUAGUUACAGAUUCUGAGUUUUUCUUUGUUAUAGCUGCUCGAGCGGAGCAGCGAUGGCCCUGUAUCUUUUAAUCUUCUGUAACACUUGUAAUCACUUAUUGUUUGUUAAUCAACUUGAUCUUUUAGGAUCUUUUUCCAAGUUUCAUUCUAAAAUCUUGUGAAAUAUGAUGGACAGAAAGACUGUAGUCUGUGUUGUACGUUCCUUUUCUUUCAAUUGCAGCUUCAUUUUUUAUUAAA